AUGAUUGUAUUAUCUUCUGCAGAUGAAGCAGUCUUCAUCAUAUCGCGAUCUGGGAAGCCGAUGUUACUGGUCGGUAAUAAUCGUUAUUAUAGGCAUAGCAGUUAUAAAGAGGGUAGUUUGAAAUGCCUGUAUGUAUGUGUGAAGUGGAGUUCCGGAUGUCGAAGUUCUAUUACUACUUUCAACGAUGAGAUUGUAAAAUAUGGAAAGGAGCAUAAGCAUAUAUGA